AUGAAACCGCAAUGUCUGUGUCCUGAUGGCUACAGAAAGGAGAAAGACGGCAGCUGUGCACCUGUCGAGGACAUUUUAGAGGACGAUGAGCAUGGGAAACCUUUAGUGAAGAAGAAUGAGCCCAAGGACCAAUCCCAUGUGGGAGUUGCAUGGAUGAAAGAACGUUGCCUAGAAGGUGAUGGUUGUCUAAAUGGUGGACAAUGUCAGGAUAUCAAGAAUGAACAUGGAAGAGUAGUCAAGAUCGUCUGCAAGUGCAAGACCCCCUAUGAGGGUCUGAGAUGUGAAAGGCUGAACCCAGUAAAAGCACUGGCCGCUCAGCUUGAAGCUUCAGCUACUCCGCUUUGGGCAACGUUGUUCUUCAUUCUUCUCUUUUUAGCAUUCAUCAUCGCAGCAUUUAUAUAUUCAUAUCGUCAUAUAGAGGACAUCAAGUAAGU